AGAAACAAAAAGAAAAAAAGAAAGUGAAAGGGCUUCACUUUCUUUGUUUUCUUCACCGCUCGCGGUUUCUCGCACUGAUUUGCAGAGAAAACCCUAGAAUUUCAUCAGCAUCAUCGUCAUCAUCAUUGUCAUCUUCGUCUUCUCGGGAGGAGUUUCUCCGACGACGUGAAUCGAGAGCUGAAGACGGUGGGGCUAGUGGGUUUGAAGGUCGGGAAUGGCUUGGGGGUGUCUCGGGAGAUGAGCCUGUCGCUCGUUGUUGGAUUAGGGGCCCGGUUUGUGAACGGCCGAGAUUUCGUCUCCGGAUGGAGGGCGUGAGCAUUAUAGGCAUUCUCUCUUUGGGAUAUACCCAUGGAUUAUGAUGACAAUGGUUUUCAAAGUCAAAAUUUUCAGCUAGUUGGAGACAACAACAAUAGAUUCCCUUCAAGUUUACGAUCAUUUCCUUUGCCAAAGCUUGAUCUUGAUGAAAAUUUUGAGGUUAAUCUCAGGUUUGAUAGCCUAGUUCGAACAGACGGUUUACUUGGAAUACAAGGGCAGGUUAAUGAUUGGAUUGAGAAUUUCUCUUGUGGAAAUAGUGCAUUAGAAUCCGACUCGACUGCUACUGAACCUUGCUCCAUUUCAAAACAUGGCAAUGCUUGGUCGGAGGCUACAUCAUCUGAAUCUGUUGAAAUAUUAUUGAAAUCCAUUGGAGAAGGUGAAAUAGAGAAUGAAACUAUCAUGAAUGAGGUGGGCGCCCAUAAUCAACAGAUUGGCUUUAAGGAACAGCAGAACCCCUGCCCUAAGAUGGAGGAUAUUGUAAAGAGUGGUACUGCACCACCAUCUGAUAGUUGUGCAAAGAUCUCUUUAAGCAUUGUUGGCAAUUCAGCAAGGGAUCCUGAUCAGUUUGAUGGUGCAUCACAAAUUUCUAAUGGAGAAAAGUCUGGAAUGGACUUUGAUGUAGUACCCUUACAUGAAAGGUCUCAAUCGAAUCAAGAAUCUGGUGCUGAGGUUUGUGUCAUAGAUAGGAAGAACACUGCAUCAUCUCAGGAUGCAUCAAAAAUGUGCCCUGUCCUUGGUGAACUUUUCUUUGAGCCAUCUCAAAAGAAAAGUCACAUAGAUAUUGGAGUUGUGGGAAACAUUGCAUGUGAUGAUAGUGGUUGUUUUGCAAAAGAAUGUCAAAAAACCUCUAAUCCUGAUAUUUGCAGUGCUCAAGCUGACCCUUCUCCUGCAUCCAUAAGUAGUUUUCUUUCUGUGGAUAAAUCUGGAUGUCAGAUGUUUUCACAUAACGAAAUGGAGAAACACGAUGAUAUGACAAUGCCUGAUAAAGAAGCUCCAACUAAUAAUGAUUCCCCAAAAAAUGAAUUUAGAAGUGCUAAGGUGAAUGAUCAGUUUUCUGAGGGGCAUACAAUUGAUAGUGCGCUUUGUGGUAUGAAGAAUUCUUCUUACUUGGAGGCAAAUCUAGAUACUUCGGUUUUGUUGACAGAGGGGUGUGGUGAUCCUUUAUUUUCUGGGAACCCUGAUGGAUUGCUUGAGGCUAUUGCUUACCCUGUGAAAGUUUGGAAUGAAAUCGAUGAGGUUGGUGAUAAAAAUCUGACAACAACAGCUGAGAUGUCUUAUUUAGCUGUGGAGGGCAGUGCGAAUGAUGAAAAACAUCCGGUUGAAACCAAUCACGAGGAAAAUGCCAAUUGCCAUGACCUAUCAGAAAAUAGGUCAAAUGAGGCCUUCUAUGGUGAAAAUAGUAUGCUUGUUGAGGACGCCAAACUUGUUGGUAGCCUUGGAAAAGAGAAAAAACUUCAUACUACUUUGGGCGUAACAAAAGAAAGAAAAAAUCCUGAAUACUCUAGCAUAGAUAGUGACAAUAGCCAUAUAGCCAAUAAUUGUAGGGAGGCAGGUAAUCUACCUUCUUCUCAUGACCAAGCAUAUUCAGAAGGAACUGAAAAUAAAGAUGGUGCUAAUAGCUCUAAAACUAAUCUCUCUGAUGCUGUUCUGUUGAAACAUGGGUCUGCUGAUAAAGAAAAAUGUGCUGAAGAUGGAGUUAUUGAGAAAGAAGUAAUCAAGGAUACACGAGAGACUGUUAGACUGGAGAAAUUUUCACCAGCUCUAGGAAAUGUUGCAGAUGAGGAUAUUUUAUCUUCCAAUGACCAAAGCAAAAUGGGCAGGGCUGCUGAUUCUCUUCCUGGGCACAUGGGCUUGUCUGGCAGUCCUGUUAGCAGAAACUCUGAUAAUGAUGCUUCUAAAGAAUUGGACAAGAGGAAACUUCUCAAAGUCGUGGAUGAUUCAUUGGUGAGGGAUAUGGUUCAGAAUGAGUCAGAACACAGAGAAGCAGAAUUCCCUUCUCCAGUAUCUUAUGAGGAUAAAGAUGUGACAAUUUCUUCAAGCGUACACACAUCUAUGUUGCGGAGUGAUGCGGAAGCCCAGAUAUUGCCCAAAACAGCUUCUGGGUCAGCACAUAUGGGUGGUUUACCUGUGAAGGAAAUUGUUUGUGGUGUCACAGCUGCUAGCUUUAUACCAGACUGUCCCAACCCUGCUACACCAAGAAAAGCAAAUGCAAAUGUCAUUCAGCUUGAUGAGACAAGUGGGAAAUGUUCAAUGAUUUUGAAGGGUGAUGCAAACAGCCAAAUAUCUGUAACAUCAACUGCAGUUAAUGUUGCUGGCCAACCUUCUGCUCUUAAAUGUGAAAACAAAGGGGAUACUGAAGCUGAUGUAGCUUCUGGAGAUGGCACUUAUGAUCAGAAUUUGACUCAUCAAUCAGAAAGUAAUACUCAGUACCAUUCACAGGAAGCUACAACUGGGAAAUCGGAUUCUUCUGAACCUAAUUGUGGUUCGCCUCCAGUAAUGGGUUGCAUUGAGCACAACAAAGACAUGAAGGAGCAGAAAGAUCAGAGAGAUAUUGUCGGGGUUUCGCAACCCUGGACUUGCUCUGCUACUAUGGUGGGAUGUGUUGAUAAUGUUCAACUUGUGCCUCAUGAUUCUAAGGACAGCAUUGCUUCUGAUGAUGACAGAAGCUUCACAUUUGAGGUUGGACCAGUAGACGUUCUUUCUGAAAAGAGCCCUGGUCAUUUUUGUGCCAUGCAUUCUUUCAAGCUUGCUCAGGGGCCAAAAGAAAAUUUACGGGAAAGUCGGUUUGAAUCUGGAAAAGCCAAACUACAUGGUCCUGUUAUCAAGACAACUGACAAGGAUAAUACUUGGGCUUUAUCUGGUUGCUGCGCUGAACAAAUCACCGCAUCUAGUGCAAGAAGGCCUACUGAUGUAUCACCACCGUUACAGCUAACUAAAAUGGAGGAGAAACAUAGCAGUAGAUCACCAAGCAUUGUCGGAACUAUAAGCAAGGAUAUGGAGUCAGAUGAUAAAAGGCAAUGCCCACCCAUUGAAGACAAUAGUUCAAAAGUGUCCUGUUCUCCUUCCUUUCAGGCAUCUGAUUUUCCUGAUUUCAACUCGGCAAUAUCAUUAGCAGCUUUGUCCCAUCAACCUUUCACAGAUCUGCAACAAGUUCAAUUACGUGCACAGAUAUUUGUUUAUGGAUCUCUAAUCCAGGGAACCCCUCCUGAUGAGGCUUGUAUGAUAGCAGCCUUUGGAGAAAGUGAUGGUGGACGAAGUCAUUGGGAAACUGUGUGGCAUGUUGCAGUUGACCGAUUUCAGAAUCAGAAACAACCUGCUAGUGCUUGCGAGACCCCUGUGUCUUCUCGCUCUGCUGUUAAAAGUUCUGAACAACUUACAAGGGGUAACACUCUGCAAGGCAGAGCCCUUGGUCCUGGUCUAUGCCAAAGUAGCACUAAGAUUUCAUCAUUAGCUACAUACAAUUCGUCCUCUUUCCCAGCACCAUUGUGGAACAUCUCUCCUCGUGACGGCUUAAAUACCAAUAUGUCAAGAGGCACAAAUUUGGACUUCAACCAGGCUUUAUCUCCCAUGCAUUCAUAUCAACCACUGCAAAUGAGGCAGCACCCAGGCAAUAUUGCAUCUUGGUUUUCUCCUUCUGCUCAUCCGGGAACCUUGAUCACUCCAUCGCAAGGGUCGAGAUCUGAUGGUACUCCACAAUAUUCAGCAGUUGCAGUUACCACAGCACAAGCAACACCAAGCAGGGAAUUACUGGUUUCACGUGCCUCUAAUUUGCCGCUUGCAACUGCGAGUGUGUUGCUGCCUUCUCCGGGUUCAUCAAAUGUUUCAGUGACACAAGUUGCACAGAUUGAAGCACCCAGGAAACCUGCAAACACUGUGAAUAAUAAAAAUCCAUCAACUGUUCACAAGCCUAGAAAGAGGAAGAAGGCUGCAGUCAUGGCAGAUUUUGUGCCAGUGUUUCCAGUAUCCCUAUCUCAGAUAGAACCUCAUGUUACUGUAGGUAGUGAGAAUAGGAUCUCUGCAGGCCUGCCCUCAUCUGUUAAUUCUCCAACAAAGGUAGGUACUGAUUGUCCUUUGGCUAGUACAGACCAAAUUAUCUCUCCAACUCAGUACCAGAUAGUCAGCAGUGGCACUACUGAGCAAAGAGUUAUCUUUUCUGAGGAGAUGCGCAGUAAAAUUGAGCAGGCCAAGCUACAAGCAGAAGAUGCUGCUGCUCUUGCUGUUUCUACUGUAAGUCACAGCCAAGGCAUAUGGAGUCAGAUAGCUUUAAAGAAAGAUUCUGGACUAGUUUCAGAAGCUGAAGAAAAACUUGUCUCUGCAGCUGUUGCAUCAACUGUGGCUGCUGCUGUUGCAAAGGCAGCCGCAGCUGCUGCCAAGGUUGCGUCUGAUGCUGCUUUGCAGGCUAAACUCAUGGCAGAUGAAGCUAUGGAUUCUGUAAAACAAGCGAAUAUCACCCGGAGUUCCGAAACUGGCCAUGAUAAGGAAAGAAAUUUGUCAAGGCUGACUUCUAUGUCAAUUUCAAAGGGCAAGGAGAAGUCACAAGGAUCUAGUUUGGCAAUUGCUGUGGCACGAGAAGCUUCCAAGAGAAGGUUGGAAUCAACUACUGCUGCUGCAAAACGGGCAGAGAACUUUGAUGCUAUAGUCAAAGCUGCAGAACUGGCUGCUGAAGCUGUGUCUCAAGCUGGUAUAAUUGUUGCAAUGGGUGAUCCUUUACCUUUUACAUUACGAGAAUUGGCAGAAGCUGGCCCAGAAAAUUACUGGAAAGUUCACUGUUCAGCUGAUGAAGGAAUUAACAAUACAGUUCCUCAGAAUGGAACACAGGAACUGGGCACAGGUGGAUCCUGCGCUCAAGAUACAACAGAAAAAGAAUUCAAUGUUGGGAGAACCACCCAGGAUGAAAGUCUGCUUUUAUCUGACAAAAAAUAUACAGGUAGUGGACUUGGGAAUACAUCUAUGGGUGAACCAGUUGCGAGUAAUCUGAUCGUGGAUAUUAUACGAAAGGAUUCUGUUGUUGAGGUGGUUGCUGAUGAGGAUGGGCUUAGAGGAGUUUGGUUUUCUGCUCGGGUUCUGGAUUUGAAGGAUGACAAAGCCUACAUCUGCUAUGAUAAUCUGCUUACUAAUGAAGGCCCUGAUCGGCUGAAGGAGUGGAUACCACUUAAAGUUGAUGGAUUAAAAGCUCCCAGAAUACGAAUUGCUCAUCCUGCUACUGUGGUGAAGCCUGAUGGAGGCACAAAGAAGCGGCGCAGAGAGGCUAUAAACAACUAUGAUUGGACAAUUGGAGAUCAUGUAGAUGCAUGGAUACGUGAUGGCUGGUGGGAAGGUGUUGUCACUGACAAGAGCAAGGAGGAUGAAUCAAAGCUUCACGUCCAUUUUCCAGCUGGAGGUGACUCAUCAAUUGUUAGGGCUUGGAAUCUUCGCCCAUCACUCAUUUGGAAGGAUGGUCAAUGGACUCAAUGGUCGCGUCAUAAGGAAAACAUUCUCGAACCAUAUGAGGGUGAUACCCCUCAAGAGAAAAGACCAAAAACAAUCAGCUUCAGAGACAACAGUGACUCUGAUGUUGAUGGACGAGGAAAUGGUAAGAUGUCCAGGAAUUUGCCGGAUGAUGCUUUGAAAAAGCCUGAGGAGCCAUUGAUUUUAUCUGCAAAUGAAAGAACUUUUUCUGUUGGAAAGAAUGUGAGAGAAGCAAAUAAUCCUGGCACACUUAAAUCAAGGCAAACAGUCCUACAGAAAGAAAGAUCAAGGGUGGUAUUUGGUGUUCCUAAACCUGGAAAGAAGAGGAAAUUUAUGGAAGUAAGCAAACAUUAUGUUGCAGAUAAGACAGACAAAAUAAGUGAGGGGAACAAUUCUGUUAAAUUUGCCAAAUACUUGAUGCCACAAGCAUCUCGCUCAUUGAGAAAUACUUCUAAAGUGGAUCCUAGAGGAAAGCAAGCUGUUGGAUCUAAGCCUAAAUGGCCCAGACCUAUAAAAUCUCAGGCUACUCAAACCAAAAGUGCAGCUGAGAAGGAUAACUCAUCUGUUAGUAAUGCAUCGGCCUCCAGUUGUGCAGAGUCUGGUCCUGGUGCUUUUUCAAAACCCGGAGUUUCUGCUAACGAUGAAGAAUGCCAGUUAGAAAGACAGAAUAUGCUUGAAGUUGGUUCCACUAGAACUCUAGGUAGGACUGAUCUUCCGUUGAUGGAGUCUUCUGUUCAACCUGCACCAAAUGUUCCUCCCUCUAUUGAGAUGCCCUCUUCUGCUGUUGAUAUAGAUCUUCAUGUGAAACAGAAGAUUACAGCUGUCGUAGAGAAAUCAAUCACAAGUGAAGCGAAGGGCUUGGAACAUCCUGGGAAAGUAAUGACUGAAGCCAGUGAGCUUCGUAGAUCCAACCGCAGGUUUCAGCCAACUUCAAGGUUGCUUGAAGGACUACAAAGCUCUUUGAUCAUUUCCAAGGCUCCCGUUGUUCAACAUGAUAGAGGUGCCAGAGCUCUUCACAGAGGUGGUUCAUCAUCCAAGGGAAACGUUCAUGGCUGAGGGUGGCUUUAUGUGGUGCAAUAUCUCAGUUGUAGAAAUCCUGUAAGAAGUUGACAAUUUCAGUGGGGCCUGUGUACAUAGAAUAUAAUUUUAGGAAGUGGAACCGAGAAGCUUUGUUUUCAUUUAUAAGAUGUAUGUCAUAGUAGCCCCAAAUUAAUUUAUUUAGGUUUAGAUUUGACCAUCAUUCAGCUUUGUUGGUGCUUGUCCAAUCUGUGUUUAACCCAUGUUACCCUCCUUGUUCCUGACAAUGGUGCAGUUAUAUUAUUAGGAUUCUCCAUGCGUCUUAUAACUUAUUUUGCAGGGUUCAGUCUGUUUGACAUAUCAGAUGAUUUUGCUCACCAAAGAAAUGUGAAUUGCCUGCUUGUCUCGAUGGCUCUUUGCUUUACUCGGUGGUUCCGUGAUCCCAAAUUGAUGCUUGCCAAACUUGACUGCUCACAUUGAGUGGUAUUACUGCUAUUUGUGAAGGGAAUGGAUUCAUUGAACUGAAGAAAGUUUUUUUUUUUUUUUUGAACCAUGGAAUUUGUUUAGCUUGAAAACCAACUAUGAAGUGAAUGUAUUCAUUCAACAGGAGAAAGAUUUUAGGUUUUGAGCCAUGGAAUUUGUUUAGCUUGAGCUCUAUUGAUUUUCUUUCUUGGAGACAGGUUCUCCCUAAAAGCACUAACAGUGGAUGCAGAUGCUAUCUUAAGUUUGUCUAUGAGUGGGUGGCUGCAUCCAAGCUUUUGAUUAA